AUGGCGAGCAUCGGCCAGCCUUCGAUGCUCAGGCUCUGGCAACUCCCCAACCCGCGCUGCAGCGCAUGUGCCGUCAGCUCGACAGCAGGACAGCGGGCCUCCGCAAGGCGUCCUCCAAGAGGCCCUGUGGAGUUGCACAGUGCCGUUCUCGGCGCCGUUGCUGCAGGUGUGAAGUUGCGAAUACAACGGCGCCUUCAAGCCAGGUGCAGACACUCACGCGGGCUGCGACAAGCAUGCCGGGCGACUGACAAAGGAAGCAGCGAAGCUCAAUCAGUGCCCCCGGAGCUGGGUGAGUGGUGCGCCUUGUUCAUAAAUCUCGAAAGAAGAGCUGAUCGCAAAGAGCGGCUUCGCUCCUUGCUCGCCGAAGCCAACGAGCCCCUCCUUGGCCGCCUGGAGCGCGUGGAGGCCAUCGACAAGCUGGCCUUGUCUUUAGAUGAUGAGGUGGUCGUGGACGCAGUCGGUCCCUAUGCUUUGGAGCGUGCCAGGCGCGCAGUGGACGAGGAGCAUUACACCAUUGUCCACGACGAGGAAGGGAAUUUGGUUCAUUUUGACGACCACCUGACGGUGGGCGGCAUCGCUUGCGCUCUGUCCCACCGCCUGGCGCUCCAGCGCAUUGCCACGCACCCGACGGCCGAGUGGGGUCUGAUUCUGGAGGACGACGUCAACGCCGUCGUCCCGAGAGUAGACCUAGCAAUCUCAAAGCUCCUGAAAGAGCUGCCGGAAGAGUGGGAUGCCGUUUGCCUCGCCUACCAUGAUCCUCGUGGGAGGGUACAUCCGCUCGCCGUCGACAAGGGCACAGUCGAUGAGUCCUUUGACGGUGCAGAGGUCGAGUUAAUGCAGUCACACGGGCAUGUCUUCGGCCUUGGGGCGUGGAUGGUCCGCAAGGAGGCUGCCCAGGAACUAGUAGAGCACGCUUUCCCCAUCGAAAGCCAGGUGGACUUUACCCUCACCAACUGGUUGGCCCGAAACGGAAGGAGCUUCUGGAAGGUGGAUCCCACUAACUUGCUCUUCUACGCGCCCUCCAGUGAGGAGGAGAUGGACUCCGACGUGCAAACUAUGGUACCUAUCGCGAAGAUAGAAGAGGAGCACGAAUCUCUGCAGGCGUACAUUGACUACAUGAGCGGCAGGACGGCUGACCCAUAUGAGGAUUGGGACCUUGAUCUGGAUUUAGACUAUGGUGCGCAGCAGUUCGACGAAGAGGAAUGGAUUCGGCAAUGGCAAGAGGCGAGAUACGAGGAAUACUAUGGGCGUUCGAGGUCCGAAGGCUGA